AUGUCGUCGCCACAGAAAGUCACCUUUCCCUCCCGCAACUACAAGCUCGCCGGCCAUUUCUAUCCUCCCCGUGUCGAAGACAAGCGUGUCGAAGACAUCAAAUGCACCGCAACCUACCUCAUCAGCCGCAAGGAUGUCAACUCCGAGAAAAUCGGUGUCCUCGGCAUCUGCGCAUCAGGCGGGUAUGCCCCCUUCGCAGCUCAAACCGACCUACGCAUCAAGGCCGUGGCCACCUCAGCUGCAGUCUGUGUCGGCACCAUGGCUCGUCGCGGCUUUGACCAGGAUACUUCUAACAUGGAUAUUCUAAAGACACAGCUCGAAGCUGCUGGAAAGGACCGCAAUAGCGACGUGGGCGGCGAGAAAUUCCCCAUCGUCCAUCUACUCCCUGAGAAGCCGGAGGAUGCACCAGUGGAAUUGCCAGAGUCAUUCCGGGACUUGAUGAACUACUACCGUACCCCGCGUGCUUUCCAUCCUCGGGCGACGAAUACUUUCCUGCCGCGCAGCUGGGAUAUCAUGAGCAAUUUUGAUGCUUUUGCGCAUAAUGAUAUGAUUAGCCCGCGACCUCUGCUUAUGAUUACUGGUACCAAGGCGGCUUCUAAGUGGUAUAGUGAGGAUAGUGUGCAGAAGGCUAAGCAGCCUAAGGAGCUGUACGUUAUUGAUGGCCUGACUCAUGCGGAUCUUUAUGAUAAGGUUGAUGAGGCUGGCGCGAAGUGUGUGGAGUUCUUCGGAAAGAGCUUGGUCUAA